AAGGCCCGGCUUUGGAUCUGCUCCCCCUUCGGACGUUGGCGUCCCUGGCUCCCCGCCCCUCCUCCCCGGCCGCCCGGGAGGGACCCAGGAGUCCGGCCCAGCCCGCGGCCAUGUCCACCAAGGUCACCAAGUCAAAGGAGCAGGGCAGGGUGACCUUCCCCACGCAGGAGGAAGAGGAGGAAGAAGAAGAGGAGGAGGACGAGGAGGAGCAGCAGCAACGUCCGCGGCGGGGAUGGAGGGGCGUGAACGGGGGGCUGGAGCCGGCGGGGCACCGGGGCCGAGCUGUGAAGACCCACCGCCCGCACCCGUACGACUACUAUCCGCCCCCUUUCCCUCCGGCCACCAGCAUGUCUGGCGAGGGAAGCCCAACUUUGAGGCGUAUGACAGUGAUGAGGGAGAAGGGAAGGCGGCAAGCUGUCCGGGGCCCGGCUUUCAUGUUCAAUGACCGGGGCACAAGCCUCACCGCUGAGGAAGAGCGCUUUCUGGAUGCCGCCGAGUACGGGAACAUCCCCGUGGUGCGCAAAAUGCUAGAGGAGUCGACCACGCUAAACGUCAACUGUGUCGAUUACAUGGGCCAGAAUGCCCUGCAGCUCGCUGUGGGGAAUGAGCACUUGGAGGUGACAGAGCUUCUGCUAAAGAAAGAGAACUUGGCCCGGAUUGGUGAUGCCCUGCUGUUGGCCAUCAGCAAAGGGUAUGUCAGGAUAGUGGAAGCGAUCUUGAACCAUCCUGGCUUUGCGGCAAGCAAGCGCCUCACGCUGAGCCCCAGUGAGCAAGAGCUUCAGGACGACGAUUUUUAUUCUUACGAUGAGGACGGCACCCGUUUUUCCCCGGACAUCACGCCCAUCAUCUUAGCUGCCCACUGUCAGAAGUACGAAGUGGUGCAUAUGUUAUUAAUGAAAGGGGCAAGGAUAGAGAGACCUCAUGACUAUUUCUGCAAAUGCAAUGACUGCACUGAAAAACAAAAGCACGAUUCCUUUAGUCACUCUCGGUCGAGGAUAAAUGCCUACAAAGGAUUGGCCAGUCCUGCCUACUUGUCUUUGUCCAGCGAAGACCCUGUUCUCACAGCCCUGGAGCUCAGUAAUGAACUCGCAAAACUGGCUAACAUAGAAAAAGAAUUCAAGAAUGACUACCGAAAGCUCUCUAUGCAAUGCAAGGACUUUGUGGUUGGGGUGCUGGAUCUCUGUCGGGACUCAGAAGAGGUUGAGGCCAUCUUGAAUGGAGAUGUGGACGCUGUUGAGCCCAUGGAUAUUCAGAGACAUAGAGCUUCACUAAGUCGUGUUAAGCUAGCCAUCAAGUAUGAAGUCAAAAAGUUUGUGGCUCACCCCAACUGUCAACAGCAGUUGUUGACCAUCUGGUACGAGAAUCUCUCAGGAUUACGGGAACAGACUAUAGCCAUCAAGUGUCUGGUUGUGCUGGUUGUGGCCUUGGGGCUCCCACUUCUUGCCAUUGGCUAUUGGAUUGCACCAUGUAGCAGGCUAGGAAAAAUUCUCCGAAGCCCAUUUAUGAAAUUUGUGGCCCACGCUGCCUCAUUCAUUAUUUUCCUGUGCCUGCUUGUGUUCAAUGCCUCUGACAGGUUUGAAGGCAUCACAACGCUCCCUAACAUCACUGUUAUUGAUUACCCUAAGCAAAUAUUCAGGGUGAAAACAACCCAGUUCACUUGGACUGAAAUGCUGAUCAUGGUGUGGGUUCUUGGAAUGAUGUGGUCCGAAUGUAAAGAGCUCUGGCUAGAAGGACCCAGAGAAUAUAUAGUGCAGUUAUGGAAUGUCUUGGAUUUUGGGAUGUUAUCCAUCUUCAUCGCUGCUUUCACAGCCAGACUUCUAGCAUUUCUUCAGGCUACAAAAGCCCAGCAGUAUGUGGAUAGUUACAUCGAAGAGAGUGACCUCAAUGAGGUCACACUUCCACCAGAGAUACAGUAUUUUACAUAUGCCAGAGAUAAAUGGCUCCCAUCAGAUCCUCAGAUCAUAUCUGAAGGGCUUUAUGCAAUAGCUGUCGUUCUUAGCUUCUCACGGAUUGCAUAUAUCUUGCCUGCAAAUGAAAGCUUUGGGCCCUUACAGAUUUCUCUGGGAAGGACUGUCAAGGAUAUAUUCAAGUUUAUGGUCCUCUUUAUUAUGGUGUUUCUUGCAUUUAUGAUUGGAAUGUUUAUACUAUACUCCUACUACCUUGGGGCCAAAGUAAACCCUGCUUUUACCACAGUGGAAGAAAGUUUCAAGACUUUGUUUUGGUCAAUAUUUGGAUUGUCUGAAGUGACUUCAGUAGUACUCAAAUAUGAUCAUAAAUUUAUAGAGAACAUUGGCUACGUCUUGUAUGGGAUAUACAAUGUAACAAUGGUGGUUGUUCUCUUGAACAUGCUGAUUGCUAUGAUUAACAGCUCAUAUCAAGAAAUUGAGGACGACAGUGAUGUAGAAUGGAAGUUUGCUCGCUCCAAACUUUGGUUAUCUUACUUUGAUGAUGGGAAAACAUUACCUCCACCCUUCAGUCUUGUUCCUAGUCCCAAAUCAUUUUUCUAUUUAAUCAUGAGGAUCGUUAACUUUUCCAGAUGUAGGAGGAGAAGGCUACAAAAGGAUAUAGAAAUGGGAAUGGGUAACUCAAAGUCUAGGUUAAAUCUCUUCACUCAGUCUAACUCAAGAGUUUUUGAAUCACACAGUUUUAACAGCAUUCUCAAUCAGCCAACACGCUAUCAGCAAAUCAUGAAAAGACUGAUAAAGCGUUAUGUUCUGAAGGCACAGGUAGACAAAGAAAAUGAUGAAGUCAAUGAAGGUGAACUGAAGGAAAUCAAACAAGAUAUCUCCAGUCUUCGUUAUGAACUUUUGGAGGACAAAUCCCAAGCCACAGAAGAGUUAGCAAUUCUAAUUCAUAAACUCAGUGAGACACUUAACCCCAGUAGGUUGCGAUGUGACUAACUCGAUAACCUGGAAUUCCGGCUUUGACUAUAGCACAAAUGUUGGCAAUAAUAUUUCUAAUUAUCAGAUACUUGAAAAUGAUAUGGUAGAUUUUUAGUAUAUCUUUAUUAUGUAAAUCUUUCUUUGAAAAUUAAGUCUCAAAGAUUUUACUAGUUUGUCACAUGAGAAAAUGGUAUUCAUUUUGUCUGAGUUGAAGGUAAGAGCUGUUGCAGUAUUUUUGUAGUUAUUUAAGAAGAUACCAUGGCAUUUAAAAUAUUGCAUUGUUGAUAUUUUGUCCAUUUUUAGAAUACACUUUAAGUAUUUGCACUAACUGGUUUGCAAAAAAAAAAAAAAGCACUACACAGCACACCAUCCUCUUCAGCAAGUGGUUUGGAAACAUUUUUUCAGAGAGUUCCUGAAGAAAUUGCAACCAGCUGAGAAUUGGUGAAAUUUGUCUGGAAAUCUUUUUUUUUUUUUUAAUUUUGAUUAUCAGUGAUGUCACUGAGACCCAAGGAAGAACUAAGUGACUCAGUGGGUUAAAGGAGAAUUGUAAUUAAAGAAUAGAAAUUUAUGUUGGAGAACAUUGUUUCAGGCCUCAAAAUAUUUAUUUUCUAUAUAAUGUUUGAUUUUAGUUUUAGGCUUUCUUUUAAACUUUUAACGUAAUGUGAAUGCAAUUUAAAGUACAUUUUCAUAGUGGAGUCCCUUUUCAAAUGCUCGGACUAUGCAGGGCUAAUUUUAUUAUGAUUUCCUAAUGGCUAUCCCUGAUGCUUAACAGCUAAGUAGAAUAUUCACUGGCUCCACAAUUUGCCUCAGUAGCUCUGUACUAAGUGUUGAAGGGUGUUGAGCACAGGAACAAUGCACUAAGAUCGCCAUGGGCAGGGAACAUGUCCACUAAUUCUGUUGAAUUGUACUCUC